GCCUAGCAGCUGAUGCAUGACUCGGAACGUCAAUUGAUAUCCAUCAUGGCAUGUGUAAGCAUUAUAUAAAAGUAAUGCUGGGUCUUCGCUGUGGGAAGCAACACCCUGCUUGUGUUUCUAGGCUCACCGAUCAGCCAGGAUGUCCUGGCAACUCCCAAUCACGCACAAAGAGACCGUCACCUGCUACGAUGACUUGGGCAAUCCAAAAACUCACGGUCUAGAGCAGAGAUAUGUCAGCCCUACCACUGGGGUCUGUAGAAAGCUCGUCGUGCAAGCCGUCGCUCCCUCUGGCAAAUUCGAAGUCCCCAUCAGUAGCCACACUAACCAAGCGAGCAAACUCGCCAUAUGGUUGCUAGCUAAUUCCCCCAUAAGAGGAUGGGUCAUUUUAAAAUGGAUAGGGAUAUGGUUAUGGUUUACAUUGAAGCUUUUCUGGUCAGUCGUCUGGCUGCUCGCGCAGCUCUUCGCUCCCAUCGACUUGGCGGAUGACUCUGGGGAGGAUACGGAUUUGUAUAACACUGGAUACUACAAACCGUAUGGUCGCGGGUUCCAGGGUCAGCUAUGGGCAGCUCGUUCGCCUAUGGAGCAUUCUUCACGCAUUAUCGAGGAGGGCGAGAUGGACAUUCCUACACACACUCUUUAUCCUCGAAUUCUUGUUAUCCGCGACCGGAGCACAAAUGAGUGGGUUCCAUGCGCAGAUCGAGAUACCAUCAUCCGUACCAAAUUCAUCGCCAUCUCUUACCGUGCCCUUGAUGCCUUCACUCGAGGCCCAAAUAUGGAUCAAGAAAAGGCACAAUUUACAGAGGAGGUUCGUGCAGCGGUGAUCGGGCAGAAAUACGAUGCGUAUUGGUGCGACUUGGAGUGCGUAGGGGAGACGCCGGCAGAGAAAAAUUUGGAUUUGUACUGCAUGGCAGACGUCUACCGCGGAGCAGAGCUGACUUUGAUCAUGCUCGGAAAAUCUGCAGUUGGGGAGAACGAGUGCUGGAGAGGCUGGGGCGAACGCGUGUGGACUAUGCCAGAAGCCCUCCUGAGCUCUCGCCUUUGCUACAAGUUCCGGGAUCGGGAAGAGGUCACGCCAAUGUCGUUGUUUGAGCUAGCCAACCUGGCCUAUACAAACUACGACAUCGAACAGGCAAUCAUCAAUGCAUACAGCGGGAAGGAUCCGCUUGAGAGGCUGGAGCGCUUGACGAAGUUGAAAUCAGCCAUAUGGCGCCGCGGUACAGCAGCUCUAGCACCAGGUGUCGCUCCACCCCCACCAAAGCUGGAUAUGAUAGGCGAGAAGUCUGUCACCAGCGGGGCGUACAAGGCUGAGCGUGUGUAUGCGCUGAUGGGCUUUUUCGAGCACCGCAUUCACCCGAACCGCUCUGAGGACGAUUUGCACGCUCUUGUCAGACUGUCGAUGGCCAACGAUAACGACCGCAUCGCUGAGCGCAUGGUGUCCAUGCUUCCCCCGACUAUCACCAAGACAGCGUGUUGGUAUGCUGACGAUGAUUUCUACCGCGCCAACCUUUGGGAUAUUCUACCGGAGAUCCAAGUAGCUGGUAUAACGGAGAACGGAGCUCUCGUUGUCGAUGGGUGUCGAGCGGCAGCCAUUAGAUGGAAAGACUUCCCAGAGGUUGCCUUUGAAAAAACAGAUUCACUGAGGAGGACCAUUAUGGGUUUCGUUCCGUAUCUCGCAUGGCCUGCUCUUAUCAUCGGGAUAGGUGUAUUUAGUAUGAGCCGGGCGGGAGGCAUCGCGCUCAUCGUAAUCGGUCUCGUGAUCCUCGUCCUUUCCCCCCGGCUGUUCCUUUACAGUCAAUCAGGGCGUGUCGUCACCGCGCAACCAUGGCUCAUCGGGGUCAAAGGGGUCGUCAGCAUCACAGAGGUAGAGAGGCACUUGUAUGGGGGUGCCAGAGGACACUUCCCAAGGAUGUAUUUCACCCCGAGCGGAUCACAGUUCUCAAUUCCAGAACGAAACACAGAACGGGGAGGUUCGUUCAGACAAUACGACUAUGCCAAACUAGCGGAGAGUGGACCAGAUGCGGGACACGUGUUUACGCUCAUCGACACGUGCUCGUCGACGAUGUACUACUUCCGUGCGGAGCAACCGCCGACGGUGUGUAUAUUCGCAGGACGGGAGGGAGGGCUUGGGAGGUUUGUGCUGUGUUCGGAGAAGUGCAAUAUCAAUGAGCUGCACAAGGAGACGGUGUUGAGGAUGCCGACGGAGAUCAGUCAGAAGAUGGAGCUGAGUGGUUGGAUCGCGCUUGGAUGAGAGAUUGUUCUGCUAGGACCUUUCAUAUACCCUUGAAUAUGUACUUUACUGAUACCGUUUAUUUACUGUUACAGCAACAUAUUAUUGAAGACUCACUAUGCAGAAUUGUUGUUUGCGGCGACUCUUGUUCGUACUUCUGAUAAGGUCCACAGAAUAAUGAACACUUCGACUCAUCACGCGCGUCCGAAUUUGAGGGUGCCAGCUGACUGU